AUGGAAAGCACAUCAGGAGAACGUUCCGAAAAUAUAAAUGAGGAUCAAGGUAUACCAAAAGUAAUUCUACCCGCUGAUUUCAAUAAAUGCUCUAGAACCGACCUUGUGGUACUCAUAUCACGAAUGCUAGUAUCGCUAAUAGCGAUCAAUGAAAAUUCUGCAACUAAGAAACCGGAUGACCAAAUUACUUUAACACGAUAUCAUUCCAAGAUUCCGCCAAACAUAUCAAUCUUCAACUAUUUCAUACGACUGACCAAGUUUUCCUCUUUGGAACAUUGUGUGCUUAUGACAUCACUUUAUUAUAUCGAUUUAUUGCAAACUGUGUAUCCUGAUUUUACGCUAAAUUCUUUAACUGCCCAUAGGUUCUUAUUAACAGCCACCACGGUUGCAACAAAGGGCUUGUGUGAUUCAUUUUCAACUAACGCCCAUUAUGCAAAGGUUGGAGGAGUACGAUGUCACGAAUUAAAUAUACUGGAGAACGAUUUUUUAAAGAGAGUAAACUACAGAAUAAUUCCCCGGGAUCAUAACAUUACGUUAUGUAGUAUAGAGCAAAAACAAAAAAAGUUUGUCAUAGAUAAAAAUGCAUUAGGAUCUUUUGAUUUGGAUUCUUAUUCUUAUGUUAAUCGCCCGAAAAGUGGAUACAAUGUUUUGGAUAAAUACUAUCGAAGAAUAGUUCAAUUGGUGGGCUCCUUUAACGCUUCACCGGAUAAGAGUAGAAAAGUUGAUUAUGUUCUCCCGUCAAAUAUUGAUAAAUCCAAUGAGAAUGGUUCCCAAAUUCAUCAACAUAAGGGAUCGUCCUCACCCAAUUCUCACCUUUCACAGAAGCGAUACUCUGAGGCAAAAGACGCUCAUAUUUAUAACAAGCGAUCAAAGCCGGAUUAG